UUCAUCAUCUCCACCGGUGAUCUGUGGAAGACUAGAUCCGUAGCUGCUUCAAACCGUGUUGGCGCAGGCCUCGUGUUCCAUUCAGAGUAGUUUGAGCAGGUACCGCAGUAAAACCUUAAAGGUAGAUAUUCAUUAUUUCUUUUUUGUACGUUUCAUUGUAGCAUCAGAAGAAUGUCCGCCGAAAGCCCCGAGUAUUCCCCGUUCUUUGCAGUGAUGGGAGCAUCCGCCGCAAUGGUUUUCAGUGCUUUAGGUGCUGCCUAUGGCACAGCGAAGAGCGGCACAGGAAUUGCAGCCAUGUCUGUGAUGAGGCCGGAGCUAAUCAUGAAGUCCAUCAUCCCAGUGGUCAUGGCUGGUAUCAUAGCCAUCUACGGGCUGGUGGUGGCUGUGCUCAUUGCCAACAAUAUCUCGGAGAGAGUCUCACUCUUCAAGAGUUUCCUGCACUUGGGUGCUGGCUUGAGUGUGGGCCUGAGUGGCUUGGCGGCCGGCUUUGCGAUUGGAAUCGUGGGCGACGCCGGCGUCAGGGGCACUGCCCAGCAGCCUCGGCUCUUCGUCGGCAUGAUCCUCAUCCUCAUUUUCGCUGAGGUGCUGGGGCUGUACGGCCUGAUUGUCGCUCUCAUCCUCUCCACCAAGUAAACGACGGGAGAACAACAUUCAUCAUGACUCAUAGAAUCACGUACAACACACACAGAUAUGUACACAGACACACACACACACUAUUCGCUCAGUCACCAAAAUACAUGAUGACAAACUAAAGUAAAAACCCAUAAUGGAUUAAAAAAAAAAAUCUACCCAUAAAUAUCAACAUUGUAAAACCACCACCACAUAUACUACAUUGACCCCAAGAGCAGAGAGGAGAAUGUGUAUGUGUUUGGGCAAUUGAAUGAGUGAGAGAGAGUGAAUAUAUGUUUGCAUGUGCGUGUGUGUGUACACACAAGCUCCUCUUUUCUCCUUGUGUACAGUACUCCUGCGUUUAGUCGCUUCUGUAAAUGCGCUGUGUAAUCUGUGCUUUGUUGUGUGUGUGAGUGUGUGUACGUGUGAGUGUGUUUAGAUAGUGCAUCCCUUCCUUCCUUGACCUUGCUAUGCUUUGCUUGUUUGUGUUUAUGUUAUGUUUUGUGUGUUAUUUUUGUCUUCAUUUUCCUCAUGUAUGCAAACAUUUUUUUAAGUAUUAUUUUGGGACCAUUUCUGAUUUUCACACGAUGUUGAGGACCUAUCAAAUGAUAUACAAAUAUACUAUUUUUUUCCCACUUACUAUUUAUGAAGAUUUUCAAUUGUUCAUGAAAUUGUUUUAACAGGAACAAAGUCUUUAUUGAAUCCCAAUGCUCUCUAUAUAUAAAUAAGUGUAUUAUAUAAAUAUAUAUCUGUAUAGCUAGGUGAAUUGCACUGUGGGUAAUUUUGUUCUAAGUGCUUGGAGUUUCACUGGAUGUAAUCAUUGGUUAACAUGGAGAUAGUUUGUCUGUACUCAGAUACUGGUGUGGAAGUUUAAGUGUGUGUGUGUGGGUGUGUUUGUGUGUGUGAAAGUAUGUAUGCACGCAUGUAUCUAUAUGGUCGGGUGUGUGUGUGUAUGUUUGUGUUAAGUCAAACAAGACAUUCUCAAACACUUGUACCGUUUUAAUCUGUAGUUCUGCUGUCUCUGGUUGCAUUAUUUGGCCUAAGCAGGUCAGUAAAGGCCGAACCGUCCAAUUUCCUAAAUAAAUAAAUAAAUCUCCUCAACUUCCA